GCUGGCUUCUAAGACCCCACCAGCUUCAAGCCGCUUCCGGGUUCUGGUGCCAACCAGGGACCAAUUCUGUUGCAGCCACAACGCUAGGUCUGGGGUACUUGUUCAUUUGUGCAUGAGGCGUGCUCUAGUUGAACAAGCUUCAUAUUUCAUCGUAAUCUUACGUCCUGUCCAUACAGAUGUUACGGAUUAUGAUCCCCUCGCUCUCCAUCAACGACGACAAUAUCAAGCCAACAACCCCAUUGACACAUCCUCCAAUACGCUAGGCACUGGCGAUGUCAUCCCAAGUCAUCCUCAGCCUCACAGACUCCCAGUAGAAACACAUCAAAGACCUUUUAGUGUAAUGCUGGGUCGACCGCGCCUCUUCAUUGCCCCCUUUGCAUUGCGAUCCCAUAAACUAAAUAAACCAGGAUUUCUUUACCGAAUGCUCUAUUUCCUCCCUAUGACCCAUUUGAAAUGGUCUAGACGACGAUUGUUGUCCAUCCAAAAUGGAUCCAGAUUCUAGAGACGAGAGUCGACGACUCUGAUGACUCGUUAAUAAGCCUCCACUUUUUCGUACCUGGGCACGAGUAUUUAUUUCUCCGCCACGGGUGUUUUUUUUUUUUAGCAACCCAUGUGUGGCGCUAAUGAAGCAACUCGGCAAACCAGGACUGGACUGGUAUCA